AUGGGCCUCUCUGAGAAGGAGAUUCUCACCUCCCGAAUCAUCGACCGCUCUCUGCGGCCACUCUUUCCCAAGAGCUACACCAAUGAGACGCAGAUCGUCUGCAACCUCCUCUCGCUGGACGGCCAAAAUGACCCCGAUAUAAUCGCCAUCAACGCCGCCUCAACCGCCCUAGCGCUCUCCGAUAUUCCCUGGAACGGGCCGAUUGGAGCGGUGCGCGUGGCGCUGGACGAGAACAAUGACGUGAUCACCAAUCCCACUCGAAAGGAGUCCAACGAGGCCAGGAUGAAUCUAGUCAUCUCGGUGAACGAGGCGGGCAAUGUGCUGAUGAUGGAGGCCUUCGCCAAUGAGCCCGUUCUGGAGCCGAAUCUGGUGAAGGCGAUCAGCAAGGCGAUCAAGGAGUGCAAGCUGAUCAUCAACCACAUCAAGCAGCUGCAGGCGCAGGUGGGCAAGCCGAAACGGCCGGUGGAGGAGACGGCCGGCCUCAGCGAGGAGUACCUGCAGGCGGUGAGGACGCUGGCGUACACGCGAAUACUCGACGUGCUGACCAAUCACUCGCACGACAAGGCCUCUCGCGACCAUGCUCUGAACGAGGUGCGCACCGAUCUGCAGGAGAAGCUGAAGGAGGACUUUCCCACCGGGGACGCUCACCUGAAUGAGGCCUUUGCGACGGUGGUGCGCACCACCUACUCAGAGAUGGUCAUCAAGAGUGGCAUUCGUUGUGAUGGCCGAGCCCUGGAGGAGCUGCGGCCGAUCACUUGCGAGGUGGACCUCUUCAAGCCGGUCCACGGCUCGGCGCUCUUUCAGCGCGGCCAGACGCAGGUGCUCUGCACGGCGACGCUCGACUCGCUCGACUCGACCUGGCGCGCCGACCCGGUGUCUGCGGUGACGGCCGGCAUCAAGGAGAAGAACUUCAUGCUGCACUACGACUUUCCGCAGUACGCCGUCAAUGACAUCAGCCGCUCGAGCGCCCUCAGCCGCCGGGACAUCGGCCACGGGGCGCUGGCCGAGCGGGCCCUCAGACCGCUGGUGCCCACCGACAGUCCCUUCACGACGCGGCUGCUCUGCGAAGUGCUCGAGUCGAAUGGCUCCUCGUCGAUGGCCAGCGUCUGCGCGGGCAGUCUGGCACUGAUGGACGCCGGCGUGGAGGUGUCGGCGCCGGCGGCCGGCGUGGCCAUCGGUCUGAUGCAGCACGCCGAGCAGUACCGCAUACUGACGGACAUCAGCGGCAUGGAGGACUACUUUGGCGACAUGGACUUUAAGAUUGCCGGCACGAGGAAGGCCUUCACCGCACUUCAGCUGGACUGUAAGCUGACCGACGGCCUGCCCUUCAAGAUUCUCUACGAGGCCAUACAGCGGUCGCACGCCGCCCGGAACAGCAUCAUCACACUGAUGGAGGACGUGCUGGCGGCACCGCGGAAGAAGCCCAAGGAGACGAUGCCCGUCAGCGAGCAGGUGGACGUGCCGCUGAACCGGCGCGCCAAGUUUCUCGGCGUCGGCUGGAGCAACGCCAAGCGCCUCAUGGCGGAGACGGGCGUCACCAUCACACAGGACCUGGAGGACGGCAACGCCUUCAACGUCUUUGCGCCGAACCAGGCGGCGAUGAACGAGGCGAAGGAGUGGAUCAAGGCGGUGCUGAGCGAGCCGAACGUGCCCGAGCUCGAGUUUGGCGCCAUUUACCAG